AUGACUCCCACUGAGAAGAACACGGUUGCCGGGCCUCGCAAAUCGACGCCGUCCGCCGUGUCGACGGCACUCAAGGUAGCCAUUGCCCUGCUCAUGGUCGACGCUGUCAUCGAGUUGUCCUUCAUCAGCAGCAUGGUCGCCUGGCUGAACCGCACCGUCAUCCCAAAUGUCUUCCACUUCAACUACAACGGUGAGACGUACGCGAUUUCUGGCGUCCCGAAGGACAUCCUGACCGACCAGGGACACACCAGCAAUGGCGCUGCCGGAACCGCCUUUGUGCUCAUCGGGCUCGGUGGUAUCGUGGCACUAUGGCUCCGCAGCUGGUCGCAGCACCGCGCGGGCGACUUCGCGACCUUUGGACGGAAUCUCUACUUCGUCUGGGUAGCCCUUAAUAUCCUGGCGCUUUUUCUCACAAUCGGCGCACUGGGCUACGUGUUCGCCGUCACGAACGCGCGCAAGGGACAGACCAUCGACGUCGCCGCAGCGGCGAACCUGAACGGCGCCCACCCCUACGACCUCCAGUCCUGGACGCCUCAGAGCUGGUUCGCGGCUGUGCACCGGCUCGACCUGGUUGGCUCGAGGUACGCGAUUCAGAGUCACCUCACUGUGAUGCGGGGCUGGCAGUACAACCUCAUCCCCCUGUUCCUUAUCCAGCUGGUCGAAACGGUCCUUGCCAUGUGGGACUGUCACAACUGGAGGCGGAAGACUCAGGCGGUGGAGUACCAGGGCACUUCCAAUGGGGGGUGGUAG